AUGCACCAAGUCACUGAGACCUACCAGCAUGCACCAAAUCACGAGGCCUACAAGCAUGCACCAAAUCACCAAGGCCAACCAGCAUGCACCAAAUUACUGAGGCCUUCCAGCAGGCACCAAAUCACCAAGGCCAACCAGCAUGCACCAAAUCACAGAGGCCAACCAGCAUGCACCAAAUCACUGAGGCUUUUCAGCAUGCACCAAACAACAGAGGCCAAUAA